UCCGUCAUUGAUGGAGUGGCCGCUGGUGAGAGGUGGUGCACCGCCUCACGCCGCCCGAAUGCAGACUUGUGGCGACAGGUAUGGGCGAGGCUGCGGGACGUCGGGCUGGGCCCCAACGGCGUGCAGUUCCGCAAGGCCAACAAGGCGGCGGACGAACGAGCGGGCCGCAGAGCUGAAUGCGGCACCAACGUCAUGCUGCAGUACAUCGACGAGGCCUGCAACGCAGCGGCGGAGAAGAUCCACUACAUGUUGAAUUUCCAGGCGGAGAUCACAACGCGGGUCUUGGACGAGCACUCCCAGUGGCCUGAUGUGCAGGAGUUGCCGAAGUCUCGCCAGGGCGCCAGGUGGUCGGUGGCACCGUUGCAGGUGCUGCAGGACGAAUGCUGCAGAGGGCACGUCGCCGCCAACCUCCCCAUGGUGUUCGCGACGGCUGGCGCCUUCUCGAACGGCCACCAGCUGUGGAAGACGUCGACGUGGGUAUGGUGCCAGCGGUGCGGCCAACACGCCCAGCGCCGCCUGGCAGGCCUCCGCGGCGGUUGCAACGGCCGCCCUAAGAGGCCGUGGCACCUGGCGAACUUGCGCGCGGGCAGGGCGCCGAAGGCUCACGUCGACGAUCCUCCGGUGGGGGUCCCAGCCCGCCUCACCGAGGCAGAACGGGAAGAGUGGCAG